CGACUGCGCAUGCGUAGUAGCUGUAACUCUGUUGUGAUACGGUUUAACGAGGACGCUUGAGCUACAACAGGAGACAUAUAGAGGAAAAUAAGGAAAUAAGAGCAGGGACGUGGAUAUAUCCUGAUACGGUUGGCUAAUUUAUUUAGCUAGCUACUCGUAUGAAUAAGUGACUACUGUUUAACACGUACCAAAGAAUGGCUGAGCAGAGGAGCGGAUAUCGGCAGUUAGCUAACGAGGAGGAGACCGGAGCGCCUGAGGUGCCACAGCCAGGAACUGAUGCUCCGCCUCCAUACACCAGCAUUGCUGCUGACCCGGCCUUCUUUGAUUACAAAGAUGAAGGGACUUACCCCAAACCCCCUUCAUACAACGUCGCCACGUCUUUACCAUCAUACGAUGAAGCUGAAAGGACCAAGGCCGAGUCCAGCGUUCCUCUGAUGCCUACACGGGAUGAGGAUUUCGCAGGCAGAGACGACUUUGACGAUGUCGACCAGCUGCGAGUUGGGAAUGAUGGCAUAUUCAUGCUGACAUUUUUUAUGGCUUUCCUUUUCAACUGGAUCGGCUUCUUUCUGUCGUUUUGCCUGACCACUUCUGCAGCGGGGCGCUACGGCGCAGUCUCUGGGUUCGGCCUCUCCCUGGUGAAGUGGGUCCUGAUUGUCAGGUUCUCCACAUAUUUUCCGGGUUACUUUGAUGGGCAGUACUGGCUGUGGUGGGUGUUCCUGGUUGUAGGAUUCCUGCUAUUUAUCAGAGGUUUCGUUAAUUACUCCAGAGUGCGCAACAUGGCCGAUCAUUCCUUCCCAACCGUUUCUCGCACCAGAGUCCUUUUUAUCUACUGAAGAUUUUUGUCUCAGGACUAUCACGAAAUCUGCAAAUUGGCGAAAACUCAGCUUUGAAUCUUCAGAAAACCGUGCUAAGCAGAAGCCGCUGCAACAAAACAGCAAAUAAGUGGGAAAAAAAAAUAUUUAGGUACAUUUCUGUACAUUUACCAGGCUGUUGAUAGUCCUCUAAUCAAGUAUUUAUCUGUAACUAAUUUCCAGUGCAAUCAGCCGUGGCGACGUUAAUGCAUUGUUUUUUAAUAGUCCUUAAUCAGCACACUGACAUUUAUAAUGGACAGCCAUAUAGGCCAGCACAGCUUUAGACAAUUAAUGCCUUGCAAAAAAUAAACAAUGCACCAGUUCUAUAUCUUUAAUGAUGCCUGUUAAGCCCAUUUUGCACCUGAUGCAAUGCAGUACAGAGGACAAGCUGCACUUAAACUGCACUGCAUUUCAAUUUCUACAAAUCAUAUACAGAGCAUCGUCUUCUGUGCUUAAUCUCACCAGAUAAAUAUAGCAUGCAAAUAUCUGCUCAAUAUCAGACCUGUAUAAACAAUUUAUAUCCUUUCUAAAGUUUGAGAAUUUCUCUCUCAGUGUUUGCUUUCAUAUAGUUUUGGUGUUUGAUGAUUGUGCUGCAACAGGAUUAAAAAGCCCAUGUGGUGGAAGAUUAUGGGCCUAGACAGACCAAGACAGCAGGAAUAUUUGCAUUUUUGUAGUCUUUCUAUCUAGACAAACUUCAGGUUGUACAAAUUAGUUUUGAUUGAUGAGUGUUUUAGCAGCCCAGUUGCUGCUUCUGGUGUAAAAUGGGCUUUAGUGUUCUCGUUUAUAGAGUGCUGGGGAAAAGAUUUAGUUUUACUUUGUAAGUAUUGUAACCCAUGUUUUUGUGAGCUAUAAAGUGUAGAUGUAUUAGGGACAGUGUAAUAGCAGAUCGUAUUUUACUCUUGCACUUUGGACAUGUUAUGAAGGUAAAACAUCAGUGAGUUUCAAAUUCAGAAAUAAGUGCAAACUCAAGUGCAAAAUCAUGGUUAACGUGUCUCAGAAUGACUUCUCUAACAAUGUUAAAAAGCUCUCGCUAUUGUGAUUAGGACCAAAUAUUAAAAAAAAGUAGCUUUUCAGUCUGAUGCACAGUGAUUUGUCAUGCAGAGACACCUACGAUUUUUCCUGUAUUUCUUCUGUGAUCUGUAUCAUGAACAAUGGUCAUUUGUAAUGACAAAGGUUUCAGUAAAUAAACCCACUGUCUCAUUGAUUUUCUUAAGUUUCUGUGACAUGCAUGUUGAUGAAAUAGUUCUGCACAGUGUGGUAUAAUGUGGUUUAUAUGUUUACACUUGUGCAAAAUAACUUUUAAUAAACAUUGCUUCUAUAGCGACA